AUGGAGAAAGAAAGUUCUGUGUGUGAAGUGAUGGAUCCUCUCGCCAACUAUUGGGGUCUCUCCCUCUUUCCCCAAAUAGUAUCAUCUUCUUCUUCUGCUGUCACUACUUCUUCCUCUUCGAAGCCCUACGAUCCCAACUACGAUCUGGACUCCAUCCAUAACCAUCUCCGAUCCACGGUCGGAAUUUAUUCACUAGGUGUUGUCAAUUUUCCAAUUAUUGUGUCUGUGUCUGAUCUUCUAAGAAUUAGAGUGGUGAUAUGUGAAAAUCCUGGACUGUUUGACUCUGAAAUCUCGAGUGGUCCAGCAUGUCAUGAAGAAAAUGAUAAUCCAGCAUGUCAUGAAGAAAAUGAUGUUGUUGCUGAAGAGGUUUUGGAGUUUCCUCGAAAACGGAGACCUGCUUUAGGCCUGAAGCGUGCUCGUUUCUCUUUAAAGCCAACUAAAAUUCAAUCUGUUGAGAGUUUGAUACCAAGGCAAGACCUUGAUAAACUGAAAGAUCCAGUGGAAUUCUUCUUGGCCCAUGAACGGCUAGAAAAUGCAAAAAGAGAGAUACAAAAGCUGACGGGUGUGUCACUUGAGUCAAAUCCGUCUGAUACUAGCACUAAGCCGCGACAACGUCGACCAGGACUUUCAGGGAAUAAUGAGAGGCGGGUCAAAUACAAGCAUCGGUAUCCAAAAGAAACUUUUGACAAUAACAAUUAUGGUCCACCCUCUCAAGAGGCAAGUGAAUCUGUUUGUCUUGACUCUGUUGGUGAGAGCGCAGACGAAGGUGGAGCUUGUAUUACUCCGCUGGAAAAUGAAGUAAUUGAUUCACCUGCUAUUGAAGAGAACAAGACCAAUGACGUACUGGAUAGAUUGCUUCAAUGCAAUUCUGAAGAUCUAGAAGGGGAUGGAGCAAUGACUCUCUUACAGGAGACUUUACAGAUCAAACCAAUUGCUUUAGAGAAAUUAGUUGUUCCUGAGUUCCCAAAUAAUAGCCAAAUUCUUGAUAUGAAAUCAUUGCAUGGGAACUCAUCAAAGCCAAGGAAGAGGAAACCUUUGUCCAACCUCGAUAAUUUAUUGACAGGAUUUAAUAAUAGGACGCCUAUUAGACAGGACAUAGGAUGCCUCUUGCAGCAAUCAGGUUCACCUACCCCGCCAAGAAGUCCAUUUGCUCUAUUACCUUUGUUGCAGCAGCACAUUUCACGCGCAGAGCCAUCAGUGGAUCCAUUUGCAGCUGAUAGAAGUGAUCCUUUAUCCAACAGAACAAAUUCUCCAGUCCCUCUGAUACACCAGGAGCCCAAUCUUAUUGCUUCUGGGAAGCCGUCAAAUGUACACUCUGCAAACAUAAUUGAUGAUGGUGUUGCCAUCAGUAAAGCAAAUUCAGCAGGUGACACGGUCAGGAAUGGCUCCAGUUCUUCUGGAGAAUCCAAGGAAGAUCGUUCUGGGAUGGUACCCACUAAACUGAAAAAAUCCUUAUUUGAAGAAAUAAUUGCAACAAAUGAGACACAUUCAGUGGAAGAGACCAUCAGAGAUUGUGCUAUUACACCCCAAAAGUCCGUGGAGGAUAAUUCAAGGCAACCUCAGCCUGAUGCUAAUAUUGAGUCAAAAGGACCUCAUUUUGGCAUGGACGUGGAUAUUGGAGACAGUGAGAUGCAUUCAGUUGAAGACACCAUUAGAGAUUGUGCUAGUACACCCAAAAAGUCUCUGGAGGAUAAUCCAAAGCAGCCUGAGUUUGAUGCUAAUAUUGUGUCAAAUGGUCCUCAUGUUGACAUGGAUGUGGAUAUUGGAGACAGUGGUAUGAAUGUGCUAGUACACUCUGCAAACAUAAUUGAUGAUGGUGUUGCUAUUAGUAAGGCAAAUUCAGCAGGUGACACAGUCAGGAAUGGCUCCAGUUCUUCUGGAGAAUCCAAGGAAGAUCGUUCUGGGAUGGUACCCACUAAACUGAAUAAACCCUUACUUGAAGAAAUAAUUGCAACAAUUGAGACACAUUCAGUGGAAGAGACCAUAGGAGAUUGUGCUAUUACACCCCAAAAGUCCGUGGAGGAUAAUUCAAGGCAACCUCAGCCUGAUGCUAAUAUUGAGUCAAAAGGACCUCAUUUUGGCAUGGACGUGGAUAUUGGAGACAGUGAGAUGCAUUCAGUUGAAGACGCCAUUAGAGAUUGUGCUAGUACACCCCAAAAGUCUCUGGAGGAUAACCCAAGGCAGCCUGAGUUUGAUGCUAAUGCUGAGUCAAAUGGUCCUCAUGUUGACAUGGAUGUGGGUAUUGGAGACAGUGGUAUGAAUGACAGAGUAGGGAUGCCAAAUAUUGAAACAAGUGGACCCUGUGAAAUCGAGGAUGACGCAGAGAAUAUGCAGGCACAUGCAGCUGCUGUGCCAUCAGAUGAUUCUAAUAUUAACCUGGUGAAUCCUCCAGAUCAGUCAGACACUACUGGGUUUCAAGCCAAUGAUUGUGAUAAAGAUUCCAGAAGAUCAGAUGAUGGUUCAGAACAAUGUUUACAGGAAAAGACAGAUGGUAAUUCUUUGCCUGAUAAUAGACAAAGGAGAGAUAGGUGUUCGAGAAAACAACAUAUAGAUAGAAGUCUUUCUCGGAGGCAGUCCCUUGCAGCUGCCGGUACAUCAUGGGAGGCUGGACUAAGGAGAAGCACCAGGAUCAGGACAAGGCCUCUGGAAUAUUGGAAAGGGGAAAGAAUGGUGUAUGGUCGCGUACAUAAUAGUUUGGCCACUGUCAUUGGGAUUAAGUGCAUUUCACCAGGAAGUGAUGGGAAACCCACUAUGAAGGUGAAAUCUUAUGUAUCCGAUGAACACAAAGAUCUUUUGGAGCUGGCUUCUCUAUAUUGAAAGUAAUGAGUUUAGUCGAUUUAUGUUUUUGAACGUCCUAAUUUUACUUUGCUCUUGUAACAAAGAGGGGAGAAUGUAUGCUCUCUAAUUCGCCUUGCUACUAUUACAAGAAAGAACUUCCCCCUUCUCAAGUUACUCCUCCCCUUUGUUGAAACACUCUCAUUGGGAAAACGGACAUGUAUAAAUGGAUCUUAACUUGUUAAUUGCACGAUAGUCCUGUGUUUUCUUUUAUUAAACAAAAAUAUGUUGCUUUGGAUUAGAA